GUUCCCGACGUUAUCAUCAAGAUCAAUACCUUUUACUUCUAUUUGUGCAGACGAAAGGUGUGAAUUGAUUCAAAGUUGUUUUAUAGUGCUCGGAUGAAAUUGCCGACUACUUGUAGAGUAAAAUAUGCACGCUGAUAAAAACCUGUUCGAUAUCCGCGAUUCAUUGAAAAAUAAUUAAUGAUCUUCGGACAUCUGACAGAGGACAGCCGAGCUCCAUUAGCAGGUGUGCUGGGUUUAUGAGUCGGGGAUGAACUUUGAAGACCACCGGUGUUGAAUUUCUCCUUAGUUUCGUAAUUGUUCGGGAUGGAACAUGGAUCUUCUAAAAUGCCGGGUACGCAAAACAACGCCACAGGCAAUAUUAUGGCUCCAAGGGUAGCUUCGAAUGACCAACAGACACCUGGGAAAGGUGGCGUGAGUUUGUCGUAUAUGCACGGCCCGCCACGCAUCAUGCCAAACUAUGGCAACAAGCGUCGAAGUCUUCUUCCAAAGACUAAAGUCUCGCGUGUCCUUCUUUACGAUAAUAUCACGCAGCAACAGAUGCUUGACGUCAAACUCUCUCACAUCAAGCUAGAAAAGAACCGAACGACACGUCUUCUUGACCUGCACAAGCGAUCGUUCCUGUUACGUCAACAGAAGCGUCAACAACAAAUGCAGCAGGUCGGGGUUGUAUUACCAGAAAUAGACCAUCCAAACAAGAAACAGGAUAUAUUGACUCGCUUAACGAGUCAGUACUCUAAGCGAUCAGUCAGUUCGAUAGGAGGUCGUCGUAGCGUCACCUCUGCCGAACUGGAAACUUUGAAAUUGCCAGACUUGGAGAUUUCAUCAAACGAACACAAUAAUCCACACGUUAUAUUCAAGAUUAAAAAUGCAAGUGGCAUCACACAAAUAUUUCACACCAUCGACAACGAGGGAGUAUUUUCUGACAUAGUGCCUUUGUACAAAUUCUAUGACAAAACCACAGAGGACCCACGUUUUCAAAGCCUCGAAGGUUCGCUGGUUCGAACCGCAGUUAGUACGGAUGGGUUUAACGAAUUAAGUGCUAGUUUUAAAAAAGAAUAUCCCAAAUUUCCGGUACAUUUGCAAGAAUUCAUUGACGAAAACCACGCAUUUGGUUCUUCGGUGUAAAUGUCUAACAGAAAAGUGGAAUGUUUUCAAUAUAGAGAGGUACGUCAAAGUGUUUCCAAAAGUGAUCGUGUAGUUAUCAAAACUUGUCUGUGAAAACAUAAACAUUAUGUAGGCAUUCACUGCGUAGGCAAAUUUCCCGGACUGAAAAUAUCAUAUAUAUUUUCUCAACAGGAAUCGAACCAUUUGUUCGGCAAAAUUCUUCCUAAUCCGAAGUGCGAAAGUUUGUAUUACCAAUUACAAUUAUUAUUGUGGAAACAGUCUGGAUAAAGUGGUUCGACAUCAAUAAUAGCACAGUGAUUUGCUUGCUUACAGCUUAUGUCUUAUCGUUUGAAACAGUUAACACAGAUUGUCUGAUUGUCUGAGAAAAACAAAUGUACAUUUUAAACAUAAUUGUAAGCAUUACGUAAUGAACUAUUGGAAAUAUUUAGACUAACGAGUACUUAGAAUGCACCCCCUUUUAACUUUGUCACAGACUUUCACAACCAACGAAGAAACUCGUCAUUAUGUACAGCUAGAUGUAAAAAGGUCAGAGCAAGUGGGUUAUAUAAGCUUUUCCGGGAUUGCCAUACCAAUCACUUCACUCCUAUUUCCAAAUUAAAGUUGAAGGUCC